AUGGACGACGACAACAUCCCCCAGCUUCUCGAAAACACAUCCUCCGACCCAUAUGACCGCCGCAAAGUGCCCAUCACUCUCCUAACGGGGUAUCUGGGCGCCGGCAAGUCGACACUGCUGAACUACAUUCUGACUGGUGACCAUGGCUACCGGAUAGCUGUUUGUAUGAACGAUUUCGGCGAUACUACAGACAUCGAGUCCAAGUCCAUGACUCUUUCUGCCAACCCUGCUUCUGGGUCAACUCAAGAAGACCCCGCGUCUUCUUUUCUGAGUCUACCGAAUGGUUGCCUGUGUUGCUCAGUGAAGGAUCUGGGUAUAGCGGCGAUCGAAGAUAUGGUAGCAAAUGCGCCAGGGGGUGUGGAUUGGGUAGUGGUAGAGCUGACUGGAGUGGCCGAUCCUGCACCUAUCGUGCGCACGUUCUGGGCAAACGAAGAGAUGGGUGACCUCAUAUUGGACGGCGUCAUCUGCGUAGUGGAUAGCCGAAAUGUGCUCAAGCAACUAGCAGAAGAGAAGAGUUCCGGCGAAAUCAACGAGUGCCAAAAACAAGUAGCAUGUGCAGAUGUCAUUCUGUUGAAUAAGCUCGAUCUUGUAGAUAAAGCCCAACUCCAAGAGGUAGAAGCAACCAUCAGAGAGCUCAACCCAACUCUCCGUGUACACCAUACGACCAACUCCCGCGCCCCUCUGGGCGAAAUGUUCAACCUGCGGGCUUUCAGUGAUGCCGCCGGAUCUGGCUCUGCCAUCCUUCGCGAGCUCGCCGAUCCUGCCCCCGAGUCACAUGUCCACUCGGAAGCUUGCGAUCACGAGCAUGACCAGCAUCAUUCCAAGAUCACCACUGCCCUCAUCCCUCUGCCUCCUCUUUCCACCGAGCAAUACACUCUCCUCAAUGGAUUCCUCGAGUCCUUGCUGUGGAAUGGUCUCUACCCCUCGGCCAACUCUGACGAUAGGAAAGAGGCCCCAGAGAUAUUGCGUACGAAAGGGUACAUCACCUUGCAUGAUGGGACUGCUUUCGUCCUGCAGGGCGUGGUUGACCUUUUCGAGGUGAAGGAAGUGAAGGAGAAUGGUGAGGGUAAGGGAGAGACGGUGGCAGGAAAGAUCGUCUUUAUUGGCAGAGGGGUUGGUGAAGAGGUGAAGCGAGCGUUGGUGGAAUGGGUCGGGCUGUAG